ACCAUUGGGUUCUAAAAAACAACAACACAAGACGAAACACACACACACAAAAACUCGCACAACAUAUUGUGACUGUCAAAUAUUCAAACUGACGGAUUGCAAUACAAUAGCUUUUUGAUUUGUAAAUCUGCAUUUUUUCAAGCAUUCAUUUUUAUCGGCAUUCUUUUCAACCUAAGAGUCAUUCUAUCAAUUGGAAAGGGAUACACAAGCAAUGUAAGCGCUGUGCGCGACAAGUCACUCUGUUGUAGCUCGGACACAUUCUAAUUCGUUCGACACAGUUAACUGUAACGCAAUCAAGACGACUUGUUCGACGAGUCAGCACAUUUUUGUACAAACAACAUUGGAUAGUGUUACGCUAGUUAAGAUUAUUCUCAAUUAAGUUAGACAUAGUUAGUUAGCAUAGAUAGAAAAAUGUUGACCCGACGCCAAAAAGCAUCAACUCGUGUUGAAAAUCACGACACGACGAAGAAACACAAAAUUCCACAUUCGCCAAAUCCAACCAAAAGAAAGACACGACGCCACUACAACGAUAACUCGGUCACUACAAACGAUAAGGAUAAAUUGAAUUUGGAUUCGAAAACCGUACCGAGCCAAUCAACACAAAAUGGCAUCGUUGACACCGCACUCAUCGCCUGCCACAGUGCAAUCAAACAUGUAUUGACCAUGAAAUAUGCGAAUAUUGUUGAACGAUUGCAUCUCACAUUUCCCGCUAAGUGCACACAAUCACUAAAGGCUUGUAGUGAACAACAUGCACGAAAUACGAACAUUCCAAUUUCGGACAACAAAACCGCUUCGCAAACCUUUCUGAAGAACAAACAGCCGCUUAUGUUCAUUCAUUCCAUUUCGAUGGACGUUGUACAGAACAAAUUUCCUGGCCGCAGUGCGUUGCAAUCAUUAUUUGAACUGAUUUUGUGCAUCAAUGCUCCAUCGAACGGUGAAUACGAAGUGCAAAAUACCAUCGAUAUGAUUGCAUUCACAAUUGGCAACAUCUUUGAAAAAUUUCCACCAUGCUGGCAAGGCGCAAACACUGAAUAUCGCAGUUUGAUCACAGCAACCAACAAGGAUCUGAUUCUUGGCUCCAAUGAGCUCUUGAACAACCGAACACUGUUCGACGACAUCAUACAUUGCAUUGAAAAUGUGAUUCAGCCACUCAAAAAGACCAUGACACCCCGAAAGUCAUACUUGGUACAAGAUUCCUUCAACGAUUCACUCAACGACUCGUUGCAACUUCUCAACUUUCAGCAAUGGGAAUCGAAAAAUGCACAAAAAUACUCGUUUGACAAUCAAAAGCGUGAAGAGAAAAUUGAUCGACUGUUUCUUACGCUGGCAUUGUUCGUUCAACUUUUCGAAAUCGACUUGGCUAUGUGGACCAUCAAAAAUCUACCAAAUCCAAGUGCAAAGAUUUCAAACGCACUAAAGAAUCCAUUGAUUUCAACGGUUUUGUGGUCGAAAGAUGAAUUGACCGAUGUGAACUUUGGCAUUAAGAAUAUUUUGAAGUUGUAUGUCAACUACAUCAGUAUUGAUUUCCCCCGUGAAUACACGCAAGUGCUUGGUCGUUUGGUGAACUUGAUCUACAAUAUUUUCGAAUUGCGUGAAGUUCGACCGGGCAAACCAGAUACCGACUAUCCGCAGCUGGUGCAAAAUCAAAGCUAUUUCUGUGAUUCCUUCGCUAAAAUUAUUUUCGAUAUUGUUGGUUGUAAUGUCGGGUCUUGGCUCAAGAUAAUCAAGAUCGUUGGUCACCCGAGAUUGAAAUUGUACCUGAUCACCGCACUCCUCACGAAAAUUGACCACAAAAUUGUGACAUUGGCUCCGAAAAGUAUCUACUUCUCAUUGAAACAAAUCGAAUCGGAAUUUGGCGAUGAUUUCAACGAAGACGUCGGUCAGAACAACAAUGUUGUAAAGACAACGGUCAGUGAGACAGCGGACACAUCCAGUGCUCCAGUCAUGAAGUAUCCGUACCUUCAGAAGGUUAGUCGACGUGCUGCAAGUGAACUCACGUGUAAACAACACGCUGAACUGCUUCUAACUGCCCUGAACUCAUACAUAAGCGUGUUCCACAUCAAAGAGUGUCAACAAUACUGGAAAAACUUCGAUCAGCUGGAAAAGCAACAGAUUAAGCAGUUGGGUCGAUACAAAGCGGAAGUUGAAUCAUUCGAAAAGGAUCCAGCACAACCGUUUGAUCUGAAGGUGCUGGAAAAAUUGCAGCAACAAUCAUUCGAUGAACGUGUCAGCAAAAUCACAAGCCCAAUUUACGGUUCGGAUGUGAUGACCGAAGAAACCGGCAUAACCGAAGUCAUCAACAUCAAAGUAAAUGUCAAGAAAUACCGUGACGAUUUGAAGUUUUGCGACAUGAUCGCCACCGAAUUGCCGAUGUUGCAAACGAAAUUCGGCGCAAUGUUUCCGCGACUCAAUUAACCAUUUCACAAUUCAAAUUAAAAUUAUUUCGUAAUAAAUUAUGUUAACCACAAGAUUUGAGACGAAGAAAGUGGGCUCUUCACUUGGCGUGAAUGUACCUAAACUAUUGAGGCGAAUCGCUAGUUUUUUGUUCGAGGAAGAAGAAAAAACACAACAGUAUUUGAUGAUUUUUCUUUUGUUGUCGUCAUCGUCGUACAAAUGAAUUUUCUUAUUGCCAUGAAUGAGCCAUACUUGAAUCGUCUCUCACAAUUGAUUGAGCUUCUAUAAGUAAAAAUCGAUUAAAAGAAAAACAAACAUGAAUUUGAAUAAAAGAAUAGUAUACAUGUAUAUUGACA